AUGGCCUCGAAAUCUAUCCUGCUGCUUGGGGGUACAGUUCUGCAACAUGAUCAGUCUGGCCAGAUUCAGGUGCUCCAAAAAACGGACAUCCUUAUACGAGGCCAGAAAAUCGCCAAGAUUGGGCGAGGGUUACAGUCGCAGUUGUCUGGUGAGGAUGUCGAGAUUUUGGAUUGCACUGAUCAGAUUGUGACGCCUGGGUUUAUCGACACGCAUCAUCAUUGCUGGCAGACACAGCUUAGGGGCCGGUACUCAGAUGAUACAUUGCUCGACUACCUGACUCCUGGCAUGAUGCAAAGCUAUAACUUCAGCCCUGAAGACAUCUUCUGGGGUCAGUUGAGCGGCGGGCUUGAAUGUAUCGAUGCGGGAACAACAUUCAUUGUGGACCACAUGCACGCUAGCUACAGCCCUGACCAUGCGACUCGUGCAUUAGAGGCUAGCGAGACGUCUGGACUUCGCUCUAUCUACGCGUAUGCUAUUCCGUUUCGACUGCGCCGCUGGACAAAAACAGUCGCUGAAGUUGAAGAAGACUUGUUGCCUGAAUGGGCCCUGAAUCAAAUCGAAGAUCUGGCUAAGGCAGGUCCGCGUGCGGAUGGCCGUAUUCAUAUCGGCUUAGCAUUCGACUUCUACUUUCUCCCUCAGGAGGUGCUCAAGAGUGUGUUCCACAGAGCUCGCACGGCGGGCGUGAAACUUAUCACCUCUCAUGCAGCGAACAAUGCAGUCCUUGGCUCACAGUCGGUGGCCAAGAUUCUCAAGGAAUCUGGCCUUAUCGGUCCUGACAUUAUUAUCAGCCACGGUAAUAACUAUUCGGAUGAAGACUACGAGAUCUUUACCCAUGCCGGCGUUCACAUAAGCAGCACACCCGAUACGGAAUGUCAGAUGGGGAUGGGCUGGCCUGUGGCCCUGCGCCCGGACGUCCAAGGUACAAUAGGUGUCGACAGCUCAGCAUUGACCAGUACAAGUCUCCUGCAUCAGGCGCGUGCUUUAUUGCAGAUGGCGCGGCAACAGACAAACCAGGCCUUGCUUGACCGAGGUCGCUUCCCCAAAACCCUCCGCAGCAGCACCAACGAAGUCUUCAACAUGAUGACAAUUUCAGGUGCACGCGCUGUGGGCCUUGCGGAUCAGAUCGGCUCCAUUGCCGAAGGCAAAUUGGCUGAUCUUCUUGUUUUUGACACCAGAUCAUCAAAUAUGGUGCCGGCGGCAAAAUGGGAUCCGGUGGCGGCUGUGGUGCGCCAUAGCGAUGUCAGAGACCUCAGGACCGUUAUCGUUGAUGGUAUCGUGCGCAAGAAAGACGGCAAGUUGCUUCCGGUUCGGCUCGGCGACGGACCCUCGCUCUCCUGGGAGGACGUCGCGGCCAAGGUGAAUACCAGUUAUGACUCAAUAGAGGAAAGAGCUGCGCAGACCAGUAUACCAGUUGGCAGGAAAGCACUCGUAGAUGCAUGGCAUAUAGAUGAGAGCAAGCUAGAGACCGUGGUCUAG